AAUGCAUCUGUAAUCUACUGUGUCGUGUGCCUUUGCCGCUCUCUCUGCCUCUCUCUUCUGGUUGGGACUGGGGAAAUAUACAUAGUCUUGGGAGGUCAAUUAGAGUGUAUGCUCGCGAUGGAAAUAGCAGAAACUCCUAAGUCGCCUCUGGAUUUGGAUCGCUUUGCUGCCGAUAGCUUUGUCAUUCACAUCGAUGCCUUCUCUUCCUCUUCCCCCACCACCACUGCCGCCGCCACCACCACCGCUACCACUCCUCCUCCUAAUAAUAAUCCCAGAAUCACGAGGAGCCUUUCUAGGAAAGGAUCUCAGCGUGGGGGCGAGAGGAAGGUGAAUGGAAAUGCAACACUUCAUGAUAAGGAUACUGCUACAUCCUCACCAAAAGCAGUUGGUGGGUCAUGCACGCCCGAAAAGGCCGCACUACUGGGAGUAGGGUCCAUCGAUCAUUCCAUCAACCCACGCAUCCAUCAUCAGAUUCCUGUAACACCCACCGGCACCACCGCUGCCGAAAGUGCCAAAUCUCUUACU